AAGAGGCGGAAGGACGAAGGAGAUCUAUUCUGUAGCUUCUUUAUCGUCUGUCAGUUCAGUGUUUCGGUCGUAGAGUAACAAUGUCUCAAGUUGAUAGAUUUAAAGAGUUCACUAAGGAGAGACUAGCUGCCGCUAUUGAAGAAAUAUUUGUGGUGUUUCAAGAAAUUAUCGUCCAGUAUGAGGGAGAGAUUGAUCAUCAACGCAAACUGCUGGAUUCCAUCCUAAAACCAGAGAUAAAGCUACACAGAAUUGACUUUCCACAACAACAUGUUUGUGAGGAAGAGGAGGUUCUCACUAACCAGCAGCUCUGUGACCAGGAGAUGAACACCAGUGUGGACCAGGAGAAAGCAGAGCCUCCACAGAUAAAAGAGGAACAGGAGGAGCUCUGUACCAGUCAAGAGGGAGAGCAGCUCGUACUGAAAGAGGAGACUGACACCAUCAUGGUGACUCCAGUUUAUGAGGAAAGUAACCACAGUGAACCAGAACAAAGUGGUGACCAGCUCCUCUAUUACAAUUCUCCAGAGGAACCGGAUCAGGAAGGACGGCAGCACGUACAUCCAGAAUCAAGUAGAAAUGCAAAACUGAAGCCAAAUGAAGGACAUGACUUGAACAAUGUAAAUAACUUUACAACAAUGGACACUGACCUUGUUGCUGACACAGAAACCCUCCCAGAAAAUAUGUCUCAAAUGAAGAAAAAUCACAAGAUCCAAAGUGGUAUGAAUCCAUAUUGUUGUAACACUUGUGGCAAACGUUUCCAUCAAAAUAUUGGUUUGAUUGUCCACAUGAGAAUUCACACAGACUCUCCACAGCAACAUGUCUGUGAGGAGGAUGAGGUUCUCACUAACCAGACGCUCUGUCACCAGGAGAUGAACACCAGUGUGGACCAGGAGGAAGCAGAGCCUCCACAGAUUAAAGAGGAACAGGAAGAGCUCUGCACCAGUCAAGAGGGAGAGCAGCUUGUACUGAAGAUGGAGACUGACACUAUUACGGCCCAUUUAGUGACUCCAGUUUAUGAGGAAAGUAACCACAGUGAACCAGAACAAAGUGGUGACCAGCUCCUGUUGGAUGAGGAAGCCUGCCAACACAUAGACCUAGAAUCAAGUAGAAAUGCAGACCUGAAGUCAAAUAAGGGACGUGACUGUAACCAUGUUAACAACUUUACAGCAACGGACAGUAACCUUGAUACUGGCAAAGAAAAAUGUGAUGUUUUUGGAACCCUCUCAGAAAAUAUGUCUCAAAUGAAGAAAAAGCACAACAGAGGUGUGCGCAGAUAUUGUGAGAUGUGUGGGAAAAGUUUCCCUAAAACUAAUGACGUGACUCGCCACAUGAGAAUUCACACAGGUGAGAAGAGGCAUACUUGCAAAAUAUGUGGCAAAUGUUACAAUCGGAGUGAUGUUUUGAAUAGUCACAUGAGAAGUCACACAGGUGAGAAGCCAUAUUCUUGCAAAACAUGUGGGAAACUUUUCAGUUAUAAGAAGAAUUUGAAUGUCCACGUGAGAGCUCAUACAGGUGAGAGGCCGUAUCCUUGUCAUACAUGUGGGAAAUGUUUUAUUACUAAAGGACACAUGACUCGCCACAUGAGAACCCACACAGGUGAGAGAUGUUAUUCCUUACACAAAGAUGGGAGGCCAUAAUAUUACAAAUCAUGAGAUCUCCUUUGUUUAGCUCAGUGGAUCCAGUUUUUUAGUUUUUCUUAGAAACCCCUUACAUGUACACUGCCCAGCCAAAUUAAGAUAACUCAUGAAAUAAAAGCAACAUGAAUUCA